GAUACCUACGAAACCCACACCACUUCACCGCUUUGCGUGUACGGCCACGACAAAACAACUCGCGAUGGCGGCUGCAAACGCUGCAAGAGCACAUGCUGCAAUGCAAACUCACAAGCCACCCGGCCGCUGCCGCAGCCGCUCUAUAAAAGCAAGCGAGCAGGCGAAGACUAGCGAUACCUGAUCUCCCCUGCAUCUCACCGAUCGCAUCCGCCUCUCCACACGCAUCUCCCUCUCCACCUUGCCAGCAUCCGCGCGCGCGCGCAUCUCUCCACGCCAUGGACGGGUCGGCGUUCCUGUCGCUGUCGCCGGAGCUCCGCGACGCGCUCGCCAAGGUGGCCGUGUUCGUGCUCGUCCAGGGGCUGGUCUACCUCAUCCUCCGCAGCUCCUCCGACGUCUUCUCCAAGGACGGCGGCGGGCUCAGGUCCCUCAGCUUCCGCCCCAUGCGCUCCAUGAGCGUCAGGCGCGUGCUGGCUCCGCUCUCUGACGUCCCCGUCGGCACCGACGAGCCCUCGCCUUCGCCGUCGUGGUCCAUGUCGCCCGCCGCGUCGUCGUCGCGCCGCAGGGCUGCCCGCGAGGAUUGAAAUGGCCGCAACUUCUGGGUCUGGGCACCUUGGAAUCGGAGGUAGUUUAUUUGGUCGUUCUGGAUUGUAAUUGGUUUGUUAUUGUGGAUGGAAAUGGUAUUUGAGUUCCUAUAUGUAAGUAAGGCCUUGUUUAGUUCCCAAAAAAUUUUGCAAAA